AUGGAUACGGUAUCCCAGUCUCAACGGUAUCAAAUAGUACCCAUGACAGUCAAAGAUAAGACACAAAGAGAUUGUGAGCGUCAGCAUUACUACUUAAAUGUAUACACAAAAGAAAGCCAAUGGGAAAGGCCAGACAAACCAGCUGAACCUCCAGCAGCUGCCACUGGUGGACCAGAACAAGUUCAGUGUAGCCAUCUCUUAGUCAAGCACUCAGGAUCUCGUAGACCGAGCUCAUGGAGGGAAGAAAACAUUACCAGAUCCAAAGAGGAAGCUAUGGAACUUGUGAUGUCUUACAGAGAGCAAAUUGCUUCAGGAAAAGCUUCAUUUGCAGAGCUUGCCCAGAAGUAUUCUGAUUGUAGUUCAGCUAAACGGGGCGGAGACUUGGGUCCCUUUGGCCAUGGUGCAAUGCAGAAGCCUUUUGAACAAGCUGCUUUUUCAUUAAAAGUUGGAGAACUGUCUGAGCCGGUUGUUACUGAUUCUGGUGUUCAUAUCAUCCUUCGAACUGCUUAA